GACAGAUCUCACAGACUCCUGCACAACAUGAUGCUCUGAUCUGAGCCUCUUCAUCAUCACCCUCAUCUCUCUCUUAGGCGAUGAGUUCAGUCAUCAUCUGAUCUUUUGUGGGUCUCAGAAAUCUUUUCACGAGACAUGGUGCUACCUGAAAAAACCUCCAAACCAUGUGCCCCCCAAGGACCCCCAGACGCGGCUCUGAUGCAGCAGAGCCUGCCCUCCCCGGCCCUGUGCUGCGCCUGCGGCCUGUGCAUCAUGCUGGCCGGCAUCAACAUCACCCUGGUGGGAGCCUUCGCCUUUGGCACCUUCAUGCCUUCAGGAAACCCCCCAAUCAUCAUCGGACCUCUCCUUUUAUUGAUAGCAUUGGGCUUUUUCACAGGUUGCUGUGUGCGCAGCAGGAGACCUCCGGCAAACAUGGCCCGCAAGGCUAAAGGAGGCGAGAAGUGGGGGCUGAUGAGGAUGGGGACGGCAGCUUUUGAGAUGGAGACGAGCGAGCACACGCUGCAGGACACCACGGCCGUCCAGCUCAGCCCCACCAACUCCCCCAGCUCCUCUCACAAGUCCAGCUGCAGCCGCGGGGGGGACGCCGGCUGCCAGGAUGAAGCCGGGGAGCUGCACAUGUCUGAGAUGUCAGGCCAGGGUGUCACGGGAGAUAAGGGCGCCGUGACCUCUGACAGGAAGCUGAGCAGUCCCACACAGAUGCUGCAGAACACUUCCUCUACAUAGCAUGGACUUUCUUCUGAGCAUUGAUGUUUGCUUUAUUUUUUGCUGUUAACAGAAUCAGAAUUCGUUUAUUAGUUCCCCAGAAGAGGAACAUUGACAGUGUAACAACAGAAGUGGCCUAGCAGGUAAAAGAGGCAAGCAAUAAUGAAAAAGAAGACCUUGUAAAGAUAAAAUGUUGGGACAUCUAUAAAAUGGUAGGCUUUGACAUCAGAGUGACUAUAGCACAGUGCAAUUGCAAACAAGUGUUUACAUUUCAAGUAUGGAAAUGUUUGGUUUGACUGCCAUUUUUAAAGAGGGAAAAAAAGACCCUGAUGAAUGUCCAAGACUGCAGAGUAAAAUGUGAUGUGCUAAACCUCUCUGAUUGUAGCUUCUUCAAUGUGUUCCAGUUUGUGGUUGAACUUGUAUUGCUAAAUCCCAGGAUGUACAUUGCCAGAAACAGGAGAUGAUACCUUAAUUAAAGUGCCUGUUUGCGUACUUCUCUUUUAAAAACACCCACUGGAUCGACUGUGGUUAGUACUUAUCAACCUCCUUUAAAAGAGAAAAUAUCCAGCCAAGCUUCUCUGAGUCAUGAAAGCUGUUCCUGUGUAAACUAAAUAACCAUCCAUGUGUUUUUUUCACACGCUUUAAGAGAAGUGUUAUAUUUUUGCUUUUAAAUGCUUGCAUCCGCUGCUGAGUGAGUAAUCUGUUGUGUCCAGAUGGGUAUUCAAGAACAAAUUAUUAUUAUGUGUCGUUGUUGCUGCAGACGUCAAUACAUGUUUGUGGCAUCUUUCCUUUUUAUAAAUAAAGCUGAAAUGUUAUUUGAUCA